AUGGCAAAAGCCACGCUUGCCACCGGAACUGGCGGCCCGGCGAGCACGUGGCCUCGCUAUCCCAGCAACCAGGCGGCCCGUCGAGCUCGUGGCCUCGCUUUCCCAGCAACCAGGCGGCCCGGCGAGCACGUGGCCUCGCUAUCCCAGCAACCAGGCGGCCCGGCGAGCACUUGGCCUCGCUAUCCCAGCAACCAGGCGGCCCGUCGAGCUCGUGGCCUCGCUUUCCCAGCAACCAGGCGGCCCGGCGAGCACGUGGCCUCGCUAUCCCAGCAACCAGGCGGCCCGUCGAGCUCGUGGCCUCGCUUUCCCAGCAACCAGGCGGCCCGGCGAGCACGUGGCCUCGCUAUCCCAGCAACCAGGCGGCCCGGCGAGCACUUGGCCUCGCUAUCCCGGCAACCAGGCGGCCCGGCGAGCUCAUGGCCUCGCUAUCCCAGCAACCAGGCGGCCCGGCGAGCACGUGGCCUCGCUAUCCCAGCAACCAGGCGGCCCGGCGAGCACGUGGCCUCGCUAUCCCAGCAACCAGGCGGCCCGGCGAGCACGUGGCCUCGCUAUCCCAGCAACCAGGCGGCCCGGCGAGCACGUGGCCUCGCUAUCCCAGCAACCAGGCGGCCCGGCGAGCACGUGGCCUCGCUAUCCCAGCAACCGGGUGGCCCGGCGAGCACGUGGCCACGCUAUCCCAGCAACCAGGCGGCCCGGCGAGCACUUGGCCUCGCUAUCCCGGCAACCGGGCGGCCCGGCGAGCACGUGGCCUCGCUAUCCCAGCAACCGGGCGGCCCGACGAGCACGUGGCCUCGCUAUCCCAGCAACCAGGUGGCCCGGCGAGCACGUGGCCUCGCUAUCCCAGCAACCAGGCGGCCCGGCGAGCACGUGGCCUCGCUAUCCCAGCAACCAGGCGGCCCGGCGAGCACGUGGCCUCGCUAUCCCAGCAACCAGGCGGCCCGGCGAGCACGUGGCCUCGCUAUCCCAGCAACCAGGCGGCCCGGCGAGCACGUGGCCUCGCUAUCCCAGCAACCAGGCGGCCCGGCGAGCACGUGGCCUCGCUAUCCCAGCAACCAGGCGGCCCGGCGAGCACGUGGCCUCGCUAUCCCGGCAACCAGGUGGCCCGGCGAGCACGUGGCCUCGCUAUCCCGGCAACCAGGCGGCCCGGCGAGCACUUGGCCUCGCUAUCCCGGCAACCAGGCGGCCCGGCGAGCUCGUGGCCUCGCUAUCCCAGCAACCAGGCGGCCCGGCGAGCACGUGGCCUCGCUAUCCCAGCAACCAGGCGGCCCGGCGAGCACGUGGCCUCGCUAUCCCAGCAACCAGGCGGCCCGGCGAGCACGUGGCCUCGCUAUCCCGGCAACCAGGCGGCCCGGCGAGCACGUGGCCUCGCUAUCCCGGCAACCAGGCGGCCCGGAGAGCACGUGGCCUCGCUAUCCCGGCAACCAGGCGGCCCGGCGAGCACGUUGCCUCGCUAUCCCAGCAACCAGGCGGCCCGGCGAGCACGUGGCCUUGCUAUCCCAGCAACCAGGCGGUCCGGCGAGCACGUGGCCUCGCUAUCCCGGCAACCAGGUGGCCCGGCGAGCACGUGGCCUCGCUAUCCCGGCAACCAGGCGGCCCGGCGAGCACGUGGCCUCGCUAUCCCGGCAACCAGGCGGCCCGGCGAGCACUUGGCCUAGCUAUCCCGGCAACCAGGCGGCCCGGCGAGUAGGUGGCCUCGCUAUCCCAGCAACCUGGUGGCCCGGCGAGCACGUGGCCUCGCUAUCCAGCAACCAGGCGGCCCGGCGAGCACGUGGCCUCGCUAUCCCAGCAACCAGGCGGCCCGGCGAGCUCGUGGCCUCGCUAUCCCAGCAACCAGGCGGCCCGGCGAGCACGUGGCCUCGCUAUCCCAGCAACCAGGCGGCCCGGCGAGCUCGUGGCCUCGCUAUCCCAGCAACCAGGCGGCCCGGCGAGCACGUGGCCUCGCUAUCCCAGCAACCAGGCGGCCCGUCGAGCUCGUGGCCUCGCCUUCCCAGCAACCAGGCGGCCCGGCGAGCACGUGGCCUCGCUAUCCCGGCAACCAGGCGGCCCGGCGAGCACGUGGCCUCGCUAUCCCAGCAACCAGGCGGCCCGGAGAGCACUUGGCCUCGCUAUCCCGGCAACCAGGCGGCCCGGCGAGCACGUUGCCUCGCUAUCCCAGCAACCAGGCGGCCCGGCGAGCACGUGGCCUCGCUAUCCCAGCAACUAGGCGGCCCGGAGAGCACGUGGCCUCGCUAUCCCGGCAACCAGGCGGCCCGGCGAGCACGUUGCCUCGCUAUCCCAGCAACCAGGCGGCCCGGCGAGCACGUGGCCUCGCUAUCCCAGCAACCAGGUGGCCCGUCGAGCACGUGGACUCACUAUUUUAGCAACCAGUCGGCCCGGCGAGCACGUGGCCUUGCUACCCCAACAACCAGGCGGGGAACAGGCAGGGAGGUGCGAGAACUCUCUGACCGCAGCACUGAGACGGCCAGCUUCCGGUCGAGGAUGCCUGCGGACAGAUAA